AUGGCGCCCCCAACUACUGAUUGGAUUCAAAUGCAAGAUCGUUUCUAUCGGAAACAAGAAAUAUAUACGAUGCUUUGGAAACAUAUGGACCUUUCAAAAUAUAUGAUUGCAGGAGCUUCAUAUGGUGGCCCAAUUGGUAGAGAAUCUAUAUUUGGUUUUAUUCCAAUGAUUCGUGAUGAUAAAAAGGUUUUGACGUUACAAAAACAACAGCCAGUGAAGCCUACCAUUUAUCUUUAUACUUCUGCAGGAAAAUUGAUGGAACAAUUACAGUGGGACAAAGGUCGAAUUAUAACAAUGGGUUGGUCCGAAUCAGAAAAGCUUGUUGUUGUUUUGGAAGAUGGUACAAUUAGGUUAUAUGACAUCAACGGAGAAUAUACUCAACUUUCCCUUGUUAAAGAAGCAAAAGAAUAUUCAGUUAUUGAUUGUCAGAUAUGGGGAACUGGGUUGGUGGCUUUAACUGGAAAUUUUAAAUUAAUAGUUCUUACCAACUUUGAGGAACCUAGACCCCACCUUAUGGCAGACCCAGGUCUAAACGAUCCACCACAUAGCUGGACGGUAAUUCCACCCCAAUAUACACUUAGCCGUCAUGUAGAAGUAUUAUUAGCAACCGGUUCUACAAUUUUGACUGUUGACACUAAAGAAUCCCAAGAUCAACUGCUUCAACAAGGACCGUUUACUAAAAUGGCAGUAUCACCGAACGGAAAGUUUCUUGCUCUUUUUACUGCUGACGGUAAACUCUGGGUAGUAUCGACUGAUUUUAAUAAAAAUCUUUCGGAAUUUACUACAAAUUCUAAAGCUCCACCUCAACAACUAAUUUGGUGUGGGACUGAUUCUGUUGUAUUAUAUUGGGAUAAGAUUGUGUUAAUGGUCGGUCCAUUCGGUGAUUACAUAAAAUAUUCAUACGAUGAUACUAUUUAUUUGGUUCCUGAAAUUGAUGGUGUGCGCAUCAUAAGCAGUGACAAAUGUGAAUUCUUGCAAAAAGUUCCAAAUGUCACCGAAGAAAUUUUCAAAAUCGGUUCAACUGCACCAGCAGCCAUGUUAUUCGAUGCUUUAGAAAACUUUGAAAAACGAAGUCCAAAAGCAGAUGAAAAUAUACGAAGUAUUCGACCAGAUCUUGCAGAUGCAGUUGAUGCUUGUACGGAAGCAGCUGGACACGAAUUUAACCAGUAUUGGCAGCGUAAUUUACUCAAGGCUGCCGCGUUUGGUAAAGCGUUUUUGGAAUCGUAUAAUGCUGAUAACUUUGUGAAUAUGUGUCAGACUUUAAGAGUACUAAAUUCUAUCAAAAAAUCGACCGAAGACGAAGAAACUAUUUGUCGUAUGAUUGCGGAUAAAUUAGCCAAUAAGCCCGGUCUUUCUUAUAAAGACAUUGCUGAUACUGCGUAUAAAGUUGGGCAGCCAAAAUUAGCAACAAAGUUACUUGAUUAUGAGCCGCGUGCAGCCGAUCAAGUACCUUUGCUCAUGAGAGUGCAGGAAGAUGAAUUGGCAUUGAUAAAGGCUAUUGAGAGUGGUGAUACAGAUUUAGUAUAUUUGGUAAUGCUUCAUCUUAAAAGGAAGCUUCCACUUCCUGAAUUUUUCCGAAUAAUUAAUAAUAAGCCUAUGGCUUGUAAUUUGCUUGAAGUAUAUUGUAAACAACAAGACUUGAAACUUUUAACGGAUUUUUAUUAUCAAGAUGAUCGAAGAGUUGAGAGUGCAAACAUUACAAUAUUAGAGAGUUAUGAGCAAAAGGAUUUGAAUGAAAGGAUUAAUAAGUUAAAGGUAGCAUCAAGUCGGUACCAAGAAGAUAAAGAACAUGCAUUCGAAGCGAAGGCGAUUGACGAAUAUAUCAAAUUGUUGCACACUCAAUCUCAGUUAGAAAAGGAAAUACCACAUCAACAAUUAGUAGGAUUAUCUUUGAACGAUACAGUUCACAAAUGCAUUACUACUAAUCAUUCUAACAAAGCAAAUAAACUUAAGUCAGACUUCAAAAUUCCGGAUAAAAGAUUUUGGUGGAUCAAAUUAAAAGCUUUGGUGGAGAUGAGAGAUUGGGAUGAAUUAGAUCCUAUGCAACACAGAGAAGCUGCAAAAUACAUCCAAAAAUGUGAUCCCGCCGUAAGACCAGGUUUAUUUAUUAAAAUAGGUGAUUUCAAAGCGGCGGGUCAAGAAGCACUUGCAUUAAAAGAUAUUCAAUUAUUGAGAGAAAUUCAAAGUAAAUGUACGAAUCAUAUAAUUGCACAAGAAUUAGAUUCUUACAUUGCACAAUUAAGUUCCAGAUAG